AUGAUGGUAAAUCAUCUCUUCUUCAUAUUUAUUCUUUUAUCCUUCUCCUAUAUAUUUUGUGUACCAAUUGAAUUAUCUGAAAUUAUUAUUCCUGAACAUACAUCAAGUGGUCAUUUACUAUUGACAUUGAAUAGUUCAACGGCACAACAAAGAUAUUCGUAUCGCUUCGUCAGCAGUAAUCAUCGUGAACUUCAACAAUAUUUUUCAUUGAAUUCAUCGACUGGUGAAUUGCGUAUUGCGAAUGAUAUUGAUCGCGAAAAGAUUUGUACACAUCGAUACGUCAAAUGUAAAUUUCUAUUGAAAAUUUUCGAAUUAUUUCACGAAGCAUUGUAUCAUAUCCCAAUCUUGAUCGAAGAUAUCAAUGAUCAUCGUCCGCUAUUUCCUUACGAGUCAUCAACAAUUCAAUUGCACAUAUCAGAAAACUCGCCUCCAUACCAAUCAAAGUUGUUCAUUCAGCAAGCUUAUGAUCAAGAUCAAAUCGAUAAUCAAAAACAAUUGCAAUACGAAUUGAGAAACAUUGACAAAACAUUUCCAUUUCGUCUCGAAACGAAUGUCGAUGUAUCAAAUCGUUUAGCACUUGUUCUUAUUCAACCACUUGAUCGUGAACGUAUUGAUUCAUAUAAUUGCACAUUACAUGUGCUGGAUACUGCAGGGCAUGAUGAACAAUUACAUAUCACAAUUCUUAUCGACGAUGUCAAUGAUCAAUCACCACUGUUUGAAAGUGAAGCAUAUUCUGUCGAGUUAUCUGAAAAUACACCAAUAAAUACAACUAUUCUUCAAGUUCAUGCUAUCGAUGCAGAUAUCGGUCUCAAUGGACAAAUUACUUAUGAUUUUACUGAUGCUUCGAAGCAAUUCGCAACUACAUUUGCGCUCGAUAAGUAUACUGGCUUGAUUUCGCUUCGUUCAGCACUUGAUUAUGAACAACGAUCGUCUUACGUAUUCUACAUUCAAGCACGAGAUUCAGGUAAAGAACCACGUUCUUCUCAAACAUUAGUAAACAUAACCAUUCUCGAUGAGAAUGAUUGUUCACCAAAAAUAACCUUUCGUUUCCUUCCGGAAAUCGCAUACAAUCCAUCGAAAGAUCUGAUUGAAAUCUCCGAAAGUUAUCCAACUGAUAAAUUUUUUGCUCAAAUUAUCGUUACUGAUGAAGAUAGUAGUUAUCGUGGCCAAACUCGUCUAUGGUUCGAAAUUAUCGAUGAACACAAAGAUGCUGAUCAGUCAUUUUACCUCUAUCAAAUUGAUAAUUCAACUUAUUUUUUUAAUCGAACGAAACCAUUCGAUUACGAGCGUCAACAAUGGCAUCGACUGAUCUUUUAUGCUCAAGAUUUCGAUCCGAAAAAGCCUUUACAAACCAGUCAAAUAUUAACUAUCCAUGUUCUCGACGAGAAUGAUAACCCACCGAGAUUUAUUCAUUCAUUUUACCAUUUGAAACUCAAUGAAAACAAUCGUGAGAAUAGUUUCAUCCAACAGAUCGAAGCUUUCGAUUCCGAUAGCAACGAAAAUGGACGUAUUACGUAUAGUAUUCUCACCAACGAAACAUCGUUUCCUUUCUACGUCGAAGAGAACACUGGUAAACUCUUCUGUUCGAAAUCUUUAGAUCGGGAGAAACGAGAUCGAUACGAUUUCUAUCUCAUUGCUCACGAUCAUGGUUAUCCGACUAGUUUAUCCUCCAAAGUUCACAUACGCAUUGAUAUUAAUGAUGUAAACGAUAAUCCACCGAAAUUUCUCAAUGAACAAUAUGAUUUCACUGUUGAAGAGAAUUCGAACAAGUUAGAAGCCGUCGGUAUCAUUCGUGCAUAUGAUUUAGAUUUGAAUAGUCAAUUAACUUAUUCAAUUUCGAAUGAGAGACAAUUUCGAUAUCCAUUUCGAAUUAACAACAAUGGAGAAAUAUUCUUUCAAAAGUCAAUUGAUCGAGAAAUUGAAGAUUUCUAUGAAUUUAACGUUACUGUUUCGGAUCAAAAACACCAAAGUCAGAUUCCCGUUACCAUUCAAAUUCUCGAUGUUAACGAUUGCGUUCCACAAUGGAAAACACCUUCAGAAAACAAUACUGUGCUUAUCGUUAACAAAGAUCUCUUACCCAUUGGAUCAACAAUCGUGAAAUUCGAAGCGAUCGAUCAAGAUGAGAAGAGCGAUGGAAAUGGCUUAGUUAGUUAUUCGAUUGAAGAGAUUUAUCCAUCGAAUGAUGAGUUCUUAAUUUUAUUAAGUACUGGUGAAUUAAUCCUGAAUUCCACAGCUAUGGUUGGACGUUACCGUUUAUUAAUAUGUGCCCGAGAUAAUGGUAGAGCAAUUCAACAUUCGUCGUUCAUGCAGUUUUAUUUAUUUAUUGGUGAUAAUAAAACGAAUGGAAGUUUAUUUUAUGAUUUACAUCAUAAUGAUCAAUUUUUUAAAAUCAAUUCGUUUUCAACCACCAAACGUAUGUUUUUAUUAUCAAGUUUUUUUAUUUCAUUGGCGAUUAUUCUGGCGUUUAUUGUUUGUAUGAUCUUAAUACUUCUCUGUCGAUAUCGAAGGCAGAAAUACCUUUAUUAUAUUAAAUGCAAAGCAGCACAAGCAGUGGUCAAUAAUCAUAAGGAUCUCCAUGAUCCGACGAUGAACAUCGUUACAAAUCGAUUGACUGACUUCGACGAGCGACAUUCAAGUUCGAACUCAUCAAAAUUGAGUUUGGAAAAUCUUCAUCAAAAACGUCUUAUCGAUCAUUCAUCAUCGCCCUCCUAUACAGGUGCAAAUAUCUACACGCAAAGUAAUCAUCAACAUCCUGAAGCAUCAUCGACGAUAAGGUUAAAUCAAACUACCAGUGACUAUUACAGCAACAGCAGUAAACAUGAAGAAGAUGUCGAUGAAUGGACCGAUGAACAGCAGCGACCGACCAUGGAUGGGAAUAAUCAAUGGUCAAUUGAAAAGGUUCUGUAUCCUGAGUGGUUAUAUCAAGGAUCAAAAACUACGCCCACAACUAAAAAGAAUUUCAAUGCGUCAACAUUUGUCGAUAUGAAUUCCUAUCGAACAUUUGAAAUGAAUGGAAGCACGAUAGGUAGUAAUAGUACUGGUCGACGAACGAUGUCAUCGUCUCUGACAUCAAAUGCUCAACCAUCUCCGAAACAAGUACGUUUUGGUUGUCAACAGAAGAUUGUCGAACAAACACGCUCGUAUCCACAUCUAAGUACAACGAUUCGACAAUUACGAACGGGUACGACGACAACAACCACAACUACAACAACUAUUUUAAAAAGUGAUCCAGAUGAUACAUUCAUCUAA